AUGAAACAUGAAGGAGGAAGAGUUAGGGAGGGAAAGAAAAAGGAACGUCCCGAAGAACGUAACACUGCCCCUGGUGUGGUUCGAACACACGACUGUUUGCUUAAGAGGCAAAUGCACUACCACUGUGCUACAGAGGCCACAUGCCUUGAAGUUGUGUUGACGAAAAGUAUUAUAAAAACAAACACAACAAAUGCCAAAUCAUUGAGUGAUGGAGAUACCCAGUACUUUGGCAAAUGCACUACCGCUGUGCUACAGAGGCUAGAUCUUCAAGCGUUCAUA